AUGCUACCAGGACCCGGCGGGGCGCUGCGUUGCUCUGCACUGCUGCUCCUCCUUGUGCCGUCCGCUACACGCGCUGCACUACCUUUCGGACGAGGCUUCUCAUCUUUGCGUGCAGGCUUGCGCGAAUUGCAACCAGCGGCGACCACCAGCGAGCGCUUGGGCCUAUCAGCGAAACGCCUGGGAGUGGCUGCGGGCAGCCCUCACAGUCCCGUCUCGUCCGGUCAUUCAGGUUAUUCUCGGAUCGAUCUCGAUCAUGACUUUGCUCCUCACGAGCUUGACGCAUGGAAGCUUCCUUCUCCAGUGGCUUCGCCGCGACGUCACUCAGCAGGAUAUCUCUCGAAUUCGCAUCUGUCUGAUGCUCGCACCAGCAAUCACGACCAUGUCCAACACACGAAACCUUCUGGGGAAGACCACGAAUCUCUCGCCUGGCUAGACGAGGAUCUUCACAGCCACUUCCCAGAAGAACUCGUGCAUUCUUGGCUGAGGACGCCUUCACCAACGCGUGGAGCUUCAAGUCCUGCAACCUCGUCCACUAGCCUGGCUUCGAAGCAGGCGCAAGAGAACAACCUUUUAGCGGUGUCCGAGACUCGUUCCGCUGAGCGCCGACCAUUGACUCCUGAGCAAACGCGAGCGGAGCAAUCAGCUGCCACUUCGCCCGGUGCCUCUGGACAUACAGGAAGCUUAGGGGAAGAGGGAGAUGCAUCUCUCAAUCCCACGACAAAGAAACGGCAGAAACGGAAACUCAAUUACGUCGACCCUAGUACAUACGACGAGCAAAAUCUUCAGACGCUGCUCGAUCAGAUAAAGCUUUCCGCUCACGGAAAGCAUUCAGCAGCGCUUCACUCGGCCAUCUUUGCCAAAGCCAAGGCGGAAGGCUUGCCGGAAGUGCCUCAAAAUGGCUGGCAGCUGCGACAGAUGAGAUCCUGGGCGAGGGCUCAGAAAAUGCAAGCCGCACUGGCACAAGAUGCCCACGGGACGCCAGUGCAGCGGCCAGAACCUGCAGCAGCAACAUCCGACCCCCAGAAAGCUGGGACCUCCGCCUUUUCGUCAAUGAAAUGGUCCUCGCCCAAAAGAACGGGCACCACUAUGAGCAGCUUGCUAAGGAAGAAGGGCAAGCUGGAGAAUGAAGGCAAGGACGCGAGUCAGAUUGAUACACAGAUCGCGGCAUUAGCAAAGCAACUCGGCAUACCCAUCCCGAAGAGCAGAUGGGAAUUCACCACCAAUUCGUUGGAUUUCCCUCCGCUGACCGGCAAGGACUUGUCCGAGGCCAGUAUUCUUGCCCUCUUUAGAAUGAAAAGUCAAGGACUAGCGAGCAAGAAAGAUAUCAGUAAAGUUCAAGCUGAGAUCGACCGAAGGGCGCGAGAAGAAGGUGUGGCAAACCCGGAGAAUGUCGCGCAAUUCUAUUCGCGGCGCAGAAAGCUCAGGUUGGCCAAGGCUAAGGGAAAGAAGACGGGAACAAAGCAAUACGUUCCGAGGGGAUGA